AUGGGGGGUUUCUUGAUUAAAUCUUUAUACUUCUCUAUCGAUCCCUCUCUUCGGAGCAGAUUGGGCCUGGUAUUUCAGGAAGGCGAAACGAUAUUCAACUGGGGAAUUGGAGUUGUGUUACGUUCAGAGCAUCCUGAAGUAAAGUUCGGAGAUCGAAUUGAAGGAGUUUUCAACUUUGAAGAAUACACGAUUAGAUACGGAAUGAAAGGAGAUACAGCAGCCCAAUGCCUGACUCGUGUCGAAAACCGUCACAAAUUACCAUGGUCGGUCUUUGUUGGCGCGAUAGGAAUUUCAGGCAAAACUGCGUAUUAUGGAUGGAAAGAGUUUUCUCAUGCAAAAGCAGGGGAAGUUGUCUACGUGAGUACCGGAGCAGGAGCAGUCGGGUCUAUCGUCAUCCAGCUUGCGAAACGAGACGGUCUCAAAGUGAUUGCCAGCGCUGGCUCCGAAGAAAAAGUCAAACUUCUCAAAGAUAUCGGCGUGGAUGUUGCUUUCAACUACAAAACUACAAAGACGAGUGAUGUACUCCAGAAGGAAGGACCCAUUGAUAUUUACUGGGAUAACGUCGGAGGUGAAAUGCUCGAAAGCUCCCUUGAUGCGUCGAGCAACGGGGCCAGGAUCAUUAUCUGUGGGGCGAUUUCCGGAUAUAACUCGGGCAAUGCGCAGCCCAUCCGUAAUCUAGUGCAAUUGAUAUACAAAAGCAUCACUCUAUACGGCCUCUAUGUCUACGAAUACGACCACAAAUACCGAGAAGAGUUUUAUCAGGUCAUGCCAGACCUGAUAGCGAAAGGAGAGAUCAAGUAUGCUGAGGAUGUUACGAUAGGGCUGGAGAAAGUGGGAGAAACUAUUCUGGCUCAGCAGAAAGGAUUGAACACUGGGAAGAGUAUUAUCAAAGUUACAGAGACCGAGUAG